AUGAGGACCGUGCUGCUGCUACUUGUUUAUCUGCUGCUGUGGUGUCAAACUAUAGGGAGGUUAUUUGAUAAACGGGUGAAAUUAGGAGAAAACGUGACUUUAGACUGUCAGAUUGGUGUAAAAGAGAUGUAUUGGGUUUUCCAGAAACUGACAGAUUCUCCAGUGCUGAUACUGAGGACUUUCACAUCAGAAUCUACAUCAUUUCGUUUACUAGAGGAAGGACUCAGAGACAAAUAUUCAUCACUCACUUACAGUCGUCUGUUCAUUAGUAACAUAACUAUUGAUGAAUUAGGAAUAUAUUACUGUGUAAAAAGAGACGAUACAUCUAUACACAUCAGCAACGGCACCAGACUUUACAUCACUGAAUCAGCUAAAGAUCACAGUCAAACCGAGUGCAACAAGCAACAACCACAAGUUGAUAAAUCUCUAGAGAUUCUGACUGCUGCAUCCUUCCUCUUAAACAUUGUGCUGAUUAUUGCAGUAAUAGGUUUGUUAAUGUCCAAACUUAAGAAGCCCACAAAAAGUCAACAAGAAUGCCAAAACGUCCCACUAGAGCCACUCGAGGACUUAAACGCACAGUAUUCUGAAAUCGAGUUGCCAACAAAUGUCAGAACAGAAAGCCCUCAUCAGGCAAAUUGCACUUAUGUACUUCUUCAGAAGCCAAGACCACAGACGAGGUAAACAAAUGAGCUAAAAUGAGCAGAGAUCAACACUUCAUGCAAGCUGCAAAGUUGCUCCGAGAGGAGUUGACACCUUGUUGUGGGCUUGUUCUAAUUAUUGUUAGACUAUUGUUAGAAAGGGGAAUCAUAACCACGUGUUUCCAUCACUGUUUGCCUGAACUAUUUAUACAAUAUAUAAACUGUUGACUGUUGCUAUAUGUAUUUGUUGACAUAUGCAUCUUGAAGGAUGUUGUUACAGGUUACAGUGAGUUUCAAUGAAAAUAAUAAACACAGGCCUUAUUAAGCUCAAAAAGUGAAUCACAAUGAAGUUUACCAUGAGCUGUUUGUAACAUUUUGAUUCAACAUGAAGACGUAGCCUAAUAUACAUUUCUGGAGAUUUUCGCAUUUCAUCUUUAAAACAAAUGCUACGGGCAGAAUGACGCCAUUCCUGUUCGCACUUACCAGCUGACUGCUUACCUCCGUGUGG